AUGAAAAGAUUGCGAACAGACACAGCGGUCCUGCGGUUUGAGCAUCUGCAACUCGCAAACAAAUUUGUGCAAGCUUCAGUGGCACAUGGUGGUCCAAGCCAAAGCCUACAAGAUGAAUUCUUGCGUAAAAAUAAGGAAUUAUCUGAGAGAAGAUAUAAAACAAAGGCGGAUUACGAGACGGCACGGAAUGUUUGUCGUAACUUACGCAUGGAGACAACGCCAAUGACAAAAACAACAACGGCACAUGGUGUUAUCGCAAAAAUUCGAUCGGCUCUGAGACCAUUUGCACGAAUUUGA